GGCGCAAACUAGUGUAGCCCUAAAAACAGAGAGAGCUACAGAGGUUUAAGCAAAGCAAAAAUGGGGAAAAAACGAGAACGCCUCACAAAUCCAGAACCCUUCCUGGAAGAUGAUACCAAAUCCAAAGCCUCCUCCAAGAAACGCUCAAAAGCUCCUAAAUCUCACCAACAGCAACAACAGGUUAUAUCGUCUAGCAUUAGCUCGAAGAUAUUGAAGGAGGCGUUACUUCAGCAGAAGGAAGUAGAUGAGGAGGAGACUCGAGAGAGAAAUCCUAAUGCUAUAGUUUUCACGGAGGAUGUUGCAACUAGAGCUGUAGAAGAGGAGGAUGACGAUGACGUUGAUAAUUUUACUGGGUUUCAGGAGACCCAAAGCCAAUGUGGUGAUUUGGAGGAUGAGGUUGACAAGAUGCUAUUGGAGGAUGAAAAGCUAUUGGAGGCUUUUUAUUCUACACAAAAUCGCCCCGAACGCACAUUGGGCCAAAUCCUUAUCGAAAAGAGCAAGGAACAAAAUGCACAAGUUUCUUCAGUGCAACCAAUGCCCAAAUUGGAUGACUCGAUCAUUGAGUUAUACAAAGGUGUUGGCAAGCAUCUUAGCAAAUACACUUCAGGCAAGAUGCCAAAAGCGUUCAAACAUAUUCCUUCAUUACAAUAUUGGGAAGAUGUUCUAUAUUUAACAGAACCUGAGAAAUGGUCACCAAAUGCAAUGUACCAAGCCACAAGAAUAUUUGCUUCAAAUUUGGGUGUCAAGAAGGCAGAACGCUUCUACAAGUUUGUCUUGCUCCCACGAGUUAGAGAUGAUAUUCGCAAGAAUAAGAGACUGCAUUUUGCUCUGUAUCAAUCCUUGAAGAAAUCUCUUUAUAAGCCUGCUGCCUUCAAUAAGGGAAUCUUGUUUCCUUUGUGUGAGUCAAGGACGUGCACCUUGAGGGAGGCUGUCAUCUUUGGGAGUGUUAUUGAGAAGGUCUCCAUUCCUCAUCUUCAUGCUAGUGUAGCGCUGCUGAAACUUGCAGAGAUGGAGUAUUGUGGCACAACAAGUUAUUUCAUCAAGUUACUAAUUGAGAAGAAAUAUGCUUUGCCCUAUCGUGUACUUGAUGCCAUGGUAGCACACUUCAUGAAUUUCUUUGAUGAAACAAGAGUCAUGCCUGUGAUCUGGCACCUGUCACUUCUUGUAUUUGUGCAGAGGUACAAAACUGAGUUGAGGAAGGAGGAUAAAGCUAACAUAAGAGCACUUGUUGAAAGGCAAAGACAUAGAUUGAUUACACCUGACAUAUUGAGGGAAAUCGAAAAGAGCAGAAGUCGUGGGGAAAAGGAGGACGAUGCAAUGUCAUUUGCAAGUCCUCUUUCUGUGAUCAAUAAGGCAAUUGAAGAAGAUAGGUUUGAUAUCCCCAACGUUCCUAUGGAGGAGGACUAGAUUUUUUCUCCGUGACCUCUAUGCGUGAUGCAGUAUGUGAUGGAUGAUGUACUAGCAGAUUUAGGUUUCAAUAUGUAAUAGAGAUUGAGCUGUGCCACAAGAUAGAUGAGCAUGCAUGUGUGGGCUGUUGGAGUUGAACUAGAGAUUUUGCAAUAUAUUCUUUCGUGAUAUUUAUAUUUUUUGGUUCUGUCUUCAUCGGCAUAUGCAGAACCCAAAAAUUGUAAUUGCCAUGUUUUUUCGAAGUUUGGUGUAUCACUGAUAUUUUGAUACUCCCCUAGAGAAUACAGGGGUUAAAUUUUACAGUUGAGUUUGGAUAGAUUUGUGUAGAGUUACUGGUAAUCUGUUCAUCAAAGAUUUAGAUAAACAAAAGAACAGAAUUCUGUAGUG